AUGUUCUCAGGCUCUUGGGAGUCCAUUCUUCCCAUCUGGUCGUCAACUGCACAAUCACGGCGAUCGCAAGCUGAUGCCUGUGCACCAGAACUCUUCAUUCUUUUACAUGGAAUGCUGUUCACUAACAUCCGACUUGACAACUUCCUGCCAACCCUCGCUUGCUUCCUUGAGCGCAUCAAAAUCAAGGGAGCUGAGGAACAUGAGUGGAUCAUGAUGGCUGUCAUGAAUAUUGGUGCCAUGUUUGAAUAUGGUCGUCUGAGUGGUGUGUUGUGUAAAAUUGGUGGCAUAGGUGCUCGUGACACUGGCGCUGUAAAAGUUGCCAAGAAGUAUCAACCUACGCCUGCAUUUUGCGACAAAGAUGGUGAAGAGAAAUGA